GGUUUGUGUCAUCUGUAUGCUCCUCUCGUCCCAAUCAGGAAUGACGGUGGAGGUUCUGGGUACUGUGAUUGGCACAGCCGUCCAGGGUCAGAUUGUGGGCAUGGCCAACCCCCCCUGUAUCCCUGUAGCCCCCGGCGACAAUGUAACAACAGAGGGCCUGAACUCCUCCCUGCUGCUGGGACAGGAAGUUAACACCACGGUCUUCUCUCCCGGUAUCACCCUGGACCAGACGAAAACAGCCUACAUGAUAGCUUCCGGCGCCAUCUGUUCCAUCUACGUGCUCUGUGCCGUGGUGCUGUUCUUAGUCAAGGAGAAGAAAGAGUCGUCUCGCCCUCGGUCAGAGCUCAUGUCGUUCUGGCAGGGUAUUGGGCUGGUGAUGGGUCAUGGACCUUACGUCAGGCUGGUGAUGGGCUUCCUCUUCACCUCACUGGCCUUCAUGCUCCUGGAAGGGAACUUUGCUCUGUUCUGCUGCUACACUCUGGGCUUUAGGAACGACUUCCAGAACAUUCUACUGGUCAUCAUGCUCGCUGCGAUGCUCACCAUACCUUUCUGGCAGUGGUUCCUCACCAAGUUUGGCAAGAAGAACGCCGUGUACAUCGGCACCUCGUCUGUGAUCCCCUUCAUGAUCCUGGUGGUGUGUGUGAAGAGUAAUCUCAUCAUCACCUACAUGGUGUCGUUCGCUGCCGGUGUCGGAGUCGCUGCUGCCUUCCUGUUGCCGUGGUCCAUGCUGCCAGACGUGGUAGAUGACUUCCAGGUCCAGAACCCAGACUCUCGGGGUCACGAAGCCAUCUUUUAUUCCUUCUAUGUCUUCUUCACCAAAUUUGCCUCUGGAAUCUCCCUGGGGAUCUCCACUCUCAGCUUGGAUUUUGCAGGGUAUAUGACUCGAGGUUGCACCCAGCCUGAGAACGUGGAUAUAACCCUGAAGGUUCUGGUCUCCGCGGCGCCCAUAGGACUCAUUCUGAUUGGCCUGGUCUUAUUCCGCUCUUAUCCAAUCGACGAAGAGAGGAGGCAGUGCAACAGGAAGCUUCUUCAGGAGCAACGGGAAAAUGAAGUAGACUCAGAAACGGACUCCACAGAACUGACCAACAUGGUGUAGAUUCUAGAACACUCAUGGACCACUGGGGUGACACGGUUGCUUGCACCAGGGUGGGGCUGACGAGGGCUGGACCUAUCACGACUGAGAUACCGCUACCAUCCAAUCACACUGCUGCUCACGUGUCUCAGAGCACAUGUCGUCAUGACGAUGUGCCAUGGCAAGGAAUCCUAAAACGGAGUGACCUUCCUGGUUCAAUUCCCAGCCCACUUAAGCUGUGACAAACUCAGAAAUGGUUUUGGGUGCAGUCUCAAAAGGCAACCGAUUUUCAAAGUGCACUCAAUGGAGACUCAAUAGACUACUGUAAAACACAGCCUUUAGUUGUUGUCCAUGAAUGUUGCA